AGUGACAAUACGUGUCAUGUGACCUGCUCACACACGUGACCUGUUUUGACGGGCGACUUGCAGAAAGGUACGAAGAAGCACGCCUCCAAGCUCAUCGCAAAGAACGACGUUGCAGGAUGUAUGCCGUACUCUUCGUCGCGCUGACAUGUCUGGGUGCUCAUGUGAACGCUGUCAACAACGGCCUCGCAAGGACGCCACCGAUGGGGUGGAUGUCAUGGCAACGUUACCGGUGUAUUACUGAUUGUGUGCAACAACCUGACAACUGUAUCAGCGAGAGUCUCUUCAAGCGCAUGGCUGAUAGACUUGUUAGUGACGGCUACAAAGAUGUCGGCUAUGAAUACGUCAACAUCGACGACUGCUGGCCUCUGAAGGACAGAGAUGCCGAGGGCAAGAUCGUUCCGGAUCCAGCAAGGUUCCCCAGUGGAAUGGCAGACCUAGCAAAAUAUAUGCACUCUAAAGGACUUAAGCUUGGUAUCUACGGCGACUUCGGAACCGAGACAUGCGGCGGCUACCCCGGCAGCAAGUUCUACAUGGACGUGGACGCUGAGACUUUUGCAGACUGGGGCAUCGACUCCCUCAAACUGGACGGCUGUUACACCAACCCUGAUGAUUACGCUGCGGGGUAUCCGCUGAUGGAGUUCUUCUUGAACAAGACCGGCAGACCAAUCCUGUACUCCUGCAGCUGGCCUGCCUACGUGAAAGAUCCUGACUACAAGACAAUUGCAGACAACUGCAACAUCUGGAGGAAUUAUGGCGACAUUCAGGAUUCUUGGGACAGCGUGAAGAGCAUCAUCGGCUUCUACGGGGACGACAAAGAUAACUUCACCAAGUUCGCCGGUCCCGGCAACUUCAACGAUCCAGACAUGAUUAUUCUGGGCAACUUCGGCCUGAGCUACGACCAGCAGCGAGUGCAGAUGGCGAUGUGGGCUGUCAUGGCGUCCCCGCUCCUCAUGUCCAACAACCUGGAGGACAUUCGACAGGAGACGAAGGAACUCCUCCUUAACAAGAACCUCAUAGCCAUCAACCAGGAUCCGCUGGGGAUUCAGGGGACCCGGAAAUCCCAGGUUGGUAACAUUGAAAUUUGGUCCAGGCCUUUGUCACCAGUGGGGAAGUUCGCCAUCGCUAUCCUGAACCUUGGAGACGGAGGAUGUGCAGCUAUCGUGAACACCACCUUGUCCUAUGUCGGACUUACCAACCAGGCGGGCUACACAGUGACGGAAGGGUUCACGGGGGCUGCAGUGGGCAAGUUCUCACUCACAGAUCACUUCGUUAGCAAAGUGAACCCAUCCGGUAUACAGUUAUACGUUGCUAGUCCAAACUAGGUUCAUGACUAUAACAGCAUUGCACCCACGCUGAAAUAUGUCAUGACGUAUGUGUAAAUAUGGCGGUCGCACGAUUUACCCAUGACUUGUUUUGUUAGAACUAUUUUUACAUUUUCAGUAUUCAUGUGUCAGUUUUGUCUCAGGUUGUCAGACCUUGUAUGAAUCUAAGGUCGUUGCCGUUCAUGUAUAUUAUUAUGUUCCAUUCAACUGCCAUUGAUUUGAUACAACGAACUGACAAACCACAUGGUUGCCUGUUAACACGUGAUUGUAUGUACUGCUCCCCACUUCAGCCAAUGUACUAUGAUUGCAUUGCUUCUGUGCCAUUGAGAUUGUAUGCGUGUUAUUAAAUAAUAUCAACCCCAAA